UUAAUGUAUGAGCUGACAGUCGGUCCUUAUCGGUUGAACAGACGCAUGGAAAGCGCCGCACAAACCCUGUCCCAGUGUCCCUGGAGCCCUCUGCGGCCUGGUUGCGGGGUUAUGAUCUUUUAUCACCGAUUCACGAAUGGACUCUUAACAAGGUGGCUCAAUUUCUUCCCAUAGUGUAAACGUUUUACCGCACGAUACCGACUAAAGACUGGCAAGGCGAAGCAGAAAUGUGACAGAUGUUGUUUAGAGGCAUCAAAGAUACAAACAAGCCUGGGUUUGCCCGUGCAGGGGCAUCAAGGCGGACGAGGAAACCCCGAGGAUCAAGGCCUCCUGAUGACACUAGCAGUAACCAGCCACAUUGCUCCUCUUAGCUAGCAUUAGCUAAGAUAGCUAACGUUAUGCCCUUCCCCGCAGUUGAAAUAAAUAGAAAUGGGUAAUCUGAACAGCACUUCUUGAAGUGUCGGGGACUGGGAGUUGUAAAGGGGUUGUAGUCGCCGGAGGGACGGACAAGAGACUUUGUAGGACUGUGAGUGACUGUCAAAGCUGCACACGACCCUUCAGGCAUGAUGGAAGAACUCCAUAGCCCGGCUAUUAGCCUGGACCCUCGCAGGCAGGAACUGCUUGAGGCCCGCUUCACCGGAGUUGGCGUGGCCAAGAGUUCAGCCCAAAAUGAAUCAUCCAACCAGUCCCUGUGCAGCGUGGGAUCACUAAGUGACAAAGAACUGGAGACACCAGAGAAGAAGGCCAGUGACCAGAGAAACAGGAAGAGAAAGGGAGAUGUCUUUGAUAGCCAGGGAAAAGGAAGAGGGCACAAAAUAAGUGAUUAUUUUGAGUUUGCUGGUGGCAGUUGCCCUGGCACCAGUCCUGCCCGGGGCAUCCCCAUGCUGGUGCGCUCCUCUCCCCAGCACUCACUCUCUAAUCCUCCGGUUCAGCACGGCAGUCCUUCGUCCACAGCAUCAGUCUCCACAGAUCCUUCCUCUUCCACCGCUGUGAAGACGGCUCCCAUGCACUCCUGCUCACACAAAUCCACUCAGUCAGAGCUGACGCUGGAGAAGCUGACAGCGCUGGAGAAUGACAAGAACUCUGACCUCGAGAAGAAGGAGGGGAGGAUAGACGACCUUCUGAGGGCCAACUGUGACCUGAGGCGGCAGAUAGAUGAGCAGCAGAAGAUGCUAGAGCGCUACAAGGAGCGUCUCAACAAGUGUGUGACCAUGAGCAAGAAGCUGCUAAUAGAGAAGUCGAAGCAGGAGAAGAUGGCGUGUAGGGACAAGAGCAUGCAGGACCGCCUGCGUCUGGGCCACUUCACCACCGUGCGCCAUGGAGCCUCAUUCACUGAGCAGUGGACAGAUGGAUAUGCCUUCCAGAACCUCAUCAAGCAGCAAGAGCGAAUCAACUCGCAGCGGGAGGACAUUGAGAGGCAGAGGAAGCUGCUGGGGAAGAGGAAACCUCCCUCUAUGGCCCAGACGCCUCCGCCCAGCCUGGAACAGAACAAACGCAAGAGCAAGAGCAACGGCCAAGAGAAUGAAGCGUUGUCACUUGCAGAGUAUCACGAGCAAGAGGAGAUUUUCAAACUUCGACUUGGUCACCUAAAAAAGGAAGAAGCAGAGAUCCAGGCAGAGCUAGAGCGCUUGGAGCGUGUGAGGAACCUUCACAUUCGGGAGCUAAAGAGAAUCCAUAAUGAGGACAACUCACAAUUCAAAGACCACCCCACACUGAAUGACAGAUAUCUGCUGUUACAUCUGCUUGGAAGAGGGGGCUUCAGUGAAGUGUACAAGGCUUUUGACCUGACAGAGCAGAGGUAUGUGGCUGUUAAAAUCCACCAGCUCAACAAGAACUGGAGGGAGGAGAAGAAGGAAAAUUACCAUAAGCAUGCUUGUAGAGAAUACAGAAUCCACAAAGAACUUGACCAUCCUAGAAUAGUCAAACUCUAUGACUACUUCUCACUCGACACAGACUCGUUCUGCACAGUGCUGGAGUACUGUGAAGGCAAUGAUCUGGACUUCUACUUGAAGCAACAUAAGCUGAUGACUGAAAAGGAGGGACGCUCCAUUGUCAUGCAGAUCGUCAACGCCCUCAAGUACCUCAACCAGAUCCGACCACCCAUCAUUCACUACGACCUCAAGCCUGGUAAUAUCCUACUGGUUAAUGGCACAGCCUGCGGAGAGAUUAAAAUCACAGACUUUGGCCUGUCCAAGAUUAUGGAUGAUGACAGCUACAACUCUGUAGAUGGCAUGGAGCUGACAUCCCAGGGAGCAGGAACCUACUGGUACCUGCCUCCUGAGUGCUUUGUGGUGGGUAAGGAACCUCCCAAAAUCUCCAACAAAGUAGAUGUGUGGUCAGUAGGAGUCAUCUUCUACCAGAGUUUGUAUGGACGCAAGCCGUUUGGUCACAACCAGUCCCAGCAGGACAUCCUCCAAGAAAACACCAUUCUAAAAGCCACUGAAGUGCAGUUUCCCCCCAAACCUGUGGUCACCACAGAAGCAAAGGCCUUCAUCCGCCGGUGUCUGGCAUACCGUAAGGAGGACCGUGUGGAUGUGCUGCAGUUGGCCAGUGAUCCCUUCCUAAUGCCACAUAUUCGCAAGGCCCUGGGCACCAGCAGCACGCCCCUGGCACCUCCCAUCCCCUCCACCUCCAGCUGCUACAACAGCAGUGCCUCCAACUGAAGGGAGCAGCCACGCUGUAGUAAAGGCGUAGAAACCGAUCCCCGUGGGGGCACAAAGCCAUGCGGAGGCGUUGCACACUUGAUCAAACUUCUCGUGAGCUCUCUUGCCUUUGAGAGAGGAGAGAAGAUGGUGGGAUGGAGGGGAGCUGGAAGUGGGAAUGGAGCCAAACUGAUGGAUGAUGCAGUGAUGUAAUAGUAAAUGUGCCCACCACCAUAGUCCAAGUGGUAAACAUAUGAAGGGCCAGACUCUGGCGGUCACUUGGGCUCAGUAGAACCCAAAGAUUUCCCCCGUAUGCAUGCACUAACACAAAAACUCAGCCCGCUGCCACAAAGAAGGGAACUACCCAUUUGUUCAUCUUGAGGGGCUGUUUUACAUUUUAAGUAGUACAAGCACUAAAAAAUGCACAACUGACAGGCUAAGGGUUAUGCCAUGUAUGGAAGAUCACCUGCCUCCAUUCUAUGGAAGAUAUACAAGAAAAUGCAUUACUGAAGUUUCAUUCCAUACUGCCUGAAAUGCAUCAUCUGUCAAACUAUUUUUCUCAGUACUAGAAUGAUCAGUUUCAAAGAUGUAUCCCUGUAAGUUUGAACCUGGGGCUUAUUUGGGAAGGGCUCAUACAGGCAAGGGGAAUGACUGAUGACCAAAGUUCAAGGCUAGCCUUGUGGAUGUGGCACCGUUAGCAGUUCAGUGACUAACACAGAUGAGGGCUGAUUCUACAAGGAUUGGCUGGUUUUGACCUAUUUUGAAUAUUUUAUUGGAUAACUGGAAGUCAACUUGUUAUUUCAAUUGUUCAGUCCAUAUUUUUUCAUGAGAUUCCCCCCCUUUUAAUGUUUUCAUUAACGUUACAAGGGGGGCUGACUAUGAAUGAGUGUUGUGAGGAGAAGAAAGAUCCUCAACAGAAAUGACUAUGAAACCAUUAAAACCAACAUUUGGUUA